AUGGCAGUGUCCGGCUUGUACGGUCAGCCGGAGAGUCAUGACUUUAAGCAAGAGGGCCAUGAUUUCAACACACAUAGACCUGGUUUCCCUCAGCAUUCCUUCAACAUAUACGGGUCUCAUUUUGGGCAGCCCUCUGCCCCACAGUCGAAUUUAUCUCCGGGGUUGCAGUACACGUCGGAACAUUCACUUGAUGACCCUAGGCUACACCAUCCGCCGCAGUUCAUCUCCCAAUCGCGCUACCUUCAAGGGCCAAGGUAUUUGCCCCGCGACCCGCUAGGUGAAACAGAGAUUGAAAGCCAGGAGUGUCAUAACGAGACUAUAUUACUAUCAGAGGAAAUAGUGCCCGCGCUUAGCGGCUUCCCUGAUGUAAAGGAGUUUGACCAACUGAUCCAGAACUAUAUUGAGGACCUAUCUGAUCGGAAACAAGAUAAAGCGUUGAUCCAUGCUGAGAGAGCCCGGAAGAUUAGAACUGUGUUGAUUGACCCUAAAGAGACGGCGGUGGAGUCGGCUCAGUUUCGGUUUUGGGUCAAAAAGAUGUUUAAGCUCGAAGCUGUGGGAUCGGAUUUUGCGAUACAAAGCAUAGGAAGAUGA